UGUUUUCCUGCUUCGUAUGAAAAACAACGUAGCUUCAGACAAAUGGCGAACGGAAGGACGAAUUAUAAACAAAUGGGGGGAAUUGGAAACGAGCCUGUAAAUCGGAAAUGCGCCGCGUUUUAAGUAAAAGAGUUUUUACUUUUCUGUCUAAUAUAAACUGCAACACUACGACCGCGUGGACGCCAGCGCUGGACGUUUGGAGGGUUAGCAGAGAGCUGGGCUGAGCUAGGCCUCUGAAAUUUACGCAGACUGUGGGUUAAACUGCUAUGCAAACGGGUUUAGCUGGUUCGCUAAUAAACAGUAACGCUCAGAUAAUCAGGGCAGAUUCCCGCUGCAGCUCGAUUAAAUCAGCCGUUUUAAUACUGCUUGACGUGGCUUUCUGUGAAUAGUAAAAUGAGUACAGCGUCGGACAGCAGUAAGCCGUCCGAGUGUAAAAAGCGAAGCGCCAGUCCGAGGCGGGAAUCUGAGCUCGGCUGCCCGCUGUCAAAGCACUCCAAAGUGGCCGAGGAGGAGGAGGAAAGUCCUGUUGGAGUGACCGCUUCAUCUGAACGCGCUGACGGAGACGCUGCUCCAGAGAAGAAAGGUGAAGCUGGCGAAGCCGGUAACGUUAUCUCUGGACAGAAAUAUAGAGAUGACAGCACGAAAGUAGCAGAAAACAGGAGUGAGGCUGGCGGUUCUUCUGGUUCAACGGAAAAGCCUGAAGCGCAGGAAUGCGGGGCUGAAGCUAGACGAGCGGAAAAGAGCUGCGAGCCCUCGGCUUCGCACGAGAAGGAGCGCUCAGAUUCAGCGGCUUUCGCCGCAGCCGAGGCGCUUGCGAGUCUCACCGGCGGCGGGGAGGGUCGCAGUCACGACCACUCUAAAGAAAUGCCCUGUUCGUCUCGGCAAGCACUAAAGGAUAAGGAAGGAUCCAGUCGGCCCGGCUGCUCCGCCAAGGAGAGGGAGAGGGAGAGGGGGCGGCACGCCGAGGCAGCGGUAGCGGACAGCUCCUCAUCCGUGCUGGGCGGCGCUGAACGAGACGACGGAGGAGAACAGGAUGAGGAAGAGGAGGAAGAAGAGGACGACUCGCUCGCCGGCACUUCAUCUACGGCCAGCUCCUCGGUUGCGUCCGACAACGAGGAGAACGAGGAUGGUGAAUGUGCCAUCGUGGCGGUGAGGAUGGCCCCCGAGGUGCGCCAGUCAGUGGCGCUGCUUGCGCAGGUGCAGAUGCGGCUGGACGCGCUGGAGAAAAAAGGAGCCCGGCUCCACCAGCGCCUGGAGCUGAAAAUGAGCCGCCAGCGGCGCCCUCACCUGGACCAGCGCGGCGCCAUCACACAGACCAUCCCGGGCUUCUGGGUUACAGCCCUUCUCAACCACCCACACCUGUCAGCACACAUUGAUGAGAAUGAUGAAGAUGCUCUCAGCUACAUGACUAACUUAGAGAUUGAGACGUUCAAGAAUAACAAACUUGGCUACCGAAUUUGCUUCCAUUUCCGGCGAAAUCCAUUCUUUCAGAAUAAAGUAAUAGUGAAAGAGCUUCACCUUGGAAUGGGAGGGUCACCAGUGUCCUUCUCAAACCCGAUUCUUUGGCACCGUGGGCAGAAUUUGACCGGAAAUGGAGAACCAAGGCGAAGUUCACGAGGAGUUUAUCAGAGCUUUUUCCACUGGUUUAGUGACCACAGCAGUCCUGGGAGAGAUGACAUAGCACAGAUCCUGAAGGAUGAUCUGUACAGAAACCCUCUCAGGUACUAUCUGACCCCGCUAUGGGAGCCCCGACAAAAUGGCAGCACACCCAAACCACCAGACAACAGCAAUGGAGACGAGUGUGUGAUAAUCUCAGACUCAGAUGAUGACCAGGAAGUGGUCAAACAAGACAAACGGCAGGAACGGGAAGAAGAGGAUGACGAUGGUGAUGAAAACGAAGCUCGAGUUGCAGGGCCUGAUGACAGUGAUCAAGAGGCAGGAGAGUCCUCCUUUGAGGAGAGGGAGGAAGAGGAACUGGAUGUAGAGGAGGUGGAUGACUCGCGUGACUCAGCUGGCUGUGAGGUCAGACAACAGGACCAGGAAGAGGAAGAUAUUGACGUCAACGAGGAUGAAGAAGAGGCGGAAGAGGAAAGCUAAUAACAAUACAUAGAACUUUGGUUUUAAGCAGAUAAAGCUCAUUUAGAUAUUUUCUUCAUGUGUAUGAAGAGGUUAUUAGGGCAUUGUUAUGGCAGGUUACAUGUGGUAGCUAUAUUGUGUCUGAUAUUUCAGGAUGUACUGUUUGUACAUCCCGAUACUUCAGCAUAAAGUACGUCUUUAGAACGAGGAUGGAUCUUGCAGUCAUUGUAGAUGUUUCUGAAAUUUCCUUGCAAUAUUCAGCUUUUUUGUAUUUUUUCAGCUGUUUUAAACACAGAAAAGACUGCUGGUCACACAGAUAACACAAGAAGACGUCACAUUAUUAACAUUGUCUUACGUGAUAAUGGAUGGUAAAAGAACUCAUUUAAAUUUGAUUUUGCAGGAUCGUUUCAUAUGUAUUAUGUACAGAUGUAAUUCCUACAUAUUUCUUGAGGCACAGCCUCUACAUUCUUCCCUUUUCCAAUUAUAUUGAAGUUCUUAUUGUCAUGCCAAGUGACAAAAUAUAGGAUUUAACAGUCAUUAAUGUCCAAGCUUGUGUCAAGGCUCAAAUUCCAGACAAGUUGUUUCUCUUAAUAAAUCAUUUAUUUUCAGCUAGACUGAGAACUACUGUAACUGAGUGAUUGCGCCCUGUAGAAUAUUCCUACGUUCCCAUAGCAUUGUUGCUUUUUUUUGGCAUUUUACAAACUGUUUACUGCACAAAAAAUCAGACCCGCCAGCCUGGUUUGGGGUUUUUGUACACAGAAUUAGAUUGCCUCUAUGCAUAACAGUUUAUACGGAUAAUACAGCAAAAUAACUUUUAACCUGAUUUGUUAUUUGCAAAAUUGUUCACCACAGUUUUUAAGGAAUUUGUGGAAAUUAUGCUUGAGGGGUGCAUUCUAAACAAAUGUAAACAUUUCAGAUGCACAUAGUUCUGAACCAAAACUGGACCGCUCAGGGAUGUUUAUUACAGUGGCUUUGUUCCAUAAAUGUUUUUUUUUUUCUUUUUUUUAUUGGUGUAAUUAUCAGAUGUGUUCUUUUGUUCAUCUUGAUCUCACUUGUUAAACUUUAUGUAGUACGUAGGUAUAUUCAGAAACCUAACUGCAGAUUUUUUUUUGUUUUGUCAGCAUAAGCAGCUAAUAACCUGACACUUCUCCUGCCAUGCUGCAAAUAAUAAUUCUGAUGGUGGCACGGCUCUCAACAACUCCUAGUGUCAGUUUCAAAUGUUUUCUAAUAGAUGUCAGCACACUGUCAUUACACAUGCAUGAACAUGCUAUGAGCAGUCACAA